ACCCGGAAACGCGGUGGAGUGCGUAAGGGAACUUUCGUGACAUUGGUUAGUCGCUCUGUUCUCAUCCGAGCGCUACAGCCGUGAACCUCGAACACAAGCUGCAGAUUUAAGACUGUCAGGAUGGUUGUGCUUUCCAAAGAGUAUGGAUAUGUGGUGUUGACUGGUGUUGCAAGUAUGGUGAUGAUUGGACAUCUGGCCAUGAAGGUUGUCAAAGCCCGCAAGAAGUACAACGUACAGUAUCCUCAGAUGUACAGUGACAACCCAGAAACUGGAAACAUUUUCAACUGCAUCCAGCGUGCACACCAAAACACGUUGGAGUCCUACCCCGCCUUUCUCUUCUGCCUGGCAGUCGGCGGUUUGCAUUCUCCUCGUCUAUCCAGUGGACUUGGAGCUGCAUGGAUCAUAAGCAGAGAGGUGUACGCACACGGGUACUCUUCAGGAGAUCCUAAGAAAAGAAUGCGGGGAGCAUUUGGGAACGUGGCGCUGCUUGGGAUGAUGCUGUCCACAGUCUGCUUCGGCCGCACCCUGCUUGGCUGGACAGGACCACGGAUGAAUCCCUUCAGUAAAACUGUCUGUUGCUAAUUAGAAGAAAGUACUCAGGAUGGCCUCAACCAGUCAUUCACUUUAUAAUCAAAGCCACUACAUAACCCAAAAACAUUGCAACAUAUAUGCUAGCCUCUGACCAAAUUAACAUUUGAAGCCAGGUGAAGUUAAUGUUGUCAAGUGACCUGACUGGUUCUCCAGGUAGGAUAAAUUCCUAAUUUAGGAUAGUGGCUGGGGUGUAAUCUACAUGCAGGAUCUGUUUGUUUUGAUAAUGUUUUCACCUGCACCCUGAUUUCUAAAGUAGUUUGCCAUAAGACAUCCGAUAUAUUCCAUAUUUUUGAAAAAGACACUAAUAAAAAAGGUACAUUUCAGAAGGAAUUUGACCUUAAACUAUCAUGUGAUAGAUUAAUUAAUACCUGUAAAUGGUUAGUCAAAUUGCUGUAUAGGGGUUAAAAAAAGUUUUUAUGUUGAUGAAUAUCUUUUUUUAUUUUUGGAUCUGUGUCUCAUACUAGAAACAGGGUUUUGACUGGUCAAACAGACUACAUUAAAUAUUGUAUGUUGGUUAUAAA